UUUUCUUCUCUUUCAUAUUGCCUUCUCCCUCUCUAUCUCUUAGUUUUAUUGAAUUUUUUGUCUUUGUUUUUUCAGUUUUGGCUAUCAUUUUCAUGCUUCUAUAAUUUCCAAUUUUUCUUGAUUAGAUUAAGAAGUAUAAUCAAACACUAUGAGUGGUGGUUAUGAAAUAAGUUGUAAAUUUCCAUUUAAAUUAAUGUCAGAUAGGGAGAGAUUCCUAUUAACAUGUUUUUAGGUUAAGGAUACUAGAGUUGAACUCAUGAUGGUGUACUGAGUUAACCAAUAGAUGCUCUUUAUUCUCAGUCUACUAUCAUCUGUUUCCCAUUACUAUUAAAACUUUUACUUAAAAAACAUUUCUUUCAUAUAUGUUAUUCUAGUUAACAUUAAAAAAACACAUAUCCGGACUGACUCACUCCAAGAGGUUUUCAAAGAGAGCAGUGGCUAAGUCUCUCAUAAGGGUGCAUUACUCUUAUUCAAAACUGAUAUGAGAUUUAAACACACUCCUCACGCCCAGUAUUAUACUGAAACUUGAUAUAUUUUUAUUGUGAGAGAUUUUAUUAAAUUUGGAUCAAAUCUAAUUAAAAAAAAAAAAAUAGUUUAAGUCCUUAUAAGGGCAAUCGAUAUCCAAAAAACUAGUUUAAGUAGGGCAAUCGGAUUAGACCUAAUUCACUAAAAAAAUUAGUUUAAAAAACUAGUUUAUGUUCUUAUAAGAGCAACCGAUACCCAAAAACUAGUUUAUGUUCUUAUAAGGGCAACCGAUACCCAAAAACUAGUUUAUGUUCUUAUAAGGGCAAUCGAUGUGAAUACCAAGGUAGAGGUAUCGAAUUCAAACUUCAGUCGAAAUUAAUCAUAUUUGAAAAAAAAAAAAAAAUUUUAACUUAUUAGACGUGUGAAUAAAAAUUUAUUUAGAAUUUUAAAUUGUUAAUUAAUUCUAUUGAUGGAAUGGAUUAUAUUUGAGUAAAAGAUUUUGCAGAAAUAAUGGCCAAUUUUUGCUGAAGAUUAAGAAGGUAUCUUUGUAGAGUAGAAAAAUCUUUAUAUUUAAGUAUUGAAAAUAGGCAAAAGAGAAAGCACUUCUGAUGGCUGAACGCGGAGAACAGAAACCGCAAUUUCACCGUUUUCAACUCUCUUAUUCAAAUGCAUAAUUAUUAUGAGUGGCUCAAAUCUCCAAACUCAACUUCUACCCAACAUUUGUCCCAACAUAAUCUAAAGUACCUUUUUGUUUAGUUUAACAUCAUUCAUUGGUGGGAUCUGUUAGGUCUACUUACAAUCUAAGAUUCCAACACAGUUGUCUGAAAAGAUCCUUUUUAUCAGAAUUAUUAAAAUAAAAAAAUUUAUACUGGACGGAUCUAGAUCAAAAUACUCACUUUGUAUAGUAUGAAUUUGGAUAUAGUUUUAUGAACCUAAAUUAUAAUUCAACUUAAAAAAUUUUAAAUUGUGAUUUGAAUAAAAUAUUUAAAUAAGAUAUAUAUAGAACUUGGUAAACAAGGUAGGAAGCAAACUCUAUAGCUAACCAGGCUACUCCUUCAGAUUAAAGAUUUUAAAGUUUACAAAUAAGAGUAUAUAUAGAACCAAAGAGAUGAAAUGAGAUGUGAUAGGUCUCUUCUUCUUUAAUUAGAAGUAUCGAAUUCGAUUCGGUCUGAGCGGUACGAAUCUAAAUUAAUUUAAAAAAAAGUGUAUAUAUAGAGAAGCUCCCUUGCUUCUUUUGAAAUGAAGAUACUACUGCUAGCAAGUUCUAUGUAGAAAUCAUCAGCUGCUGAAAUCACCAGCUGUCUUUGAUUCUGUUGAGGAAUCUGAACUUGGGACCUCCUCCUGGAUAGAGGAAAGGCUUGGUUGAUUGCCUUGGAGAUCAGAAAAAUAUAUGGAGAUCAACAACAAUGAAUCUUCUUCAUUUCACAGACAUUCUGAAUCUUUGCCUUGUGUUCACAAGGUUGGAUUGCCUCCAAAGCAAAAUCUUUUCCAGGAAAUUACUGCAGCUGUGAAAGAAACCCUCUUUGCUGAUGAUCCCUUGCGCCAAUUUAAGGAUCAAACAAGAUCAAGAAAGUUUGUACUUGGAAUUCAAACUCUUUUCCCUAUUUUUGAAUGGGGAAGAGACUACAGCUUCAGUAAAUUUAAAGGAGAUUUGGUUGCUGGACUUACCAUUGCAAGCCUAUGUAUUCCACAGGAUAUUGGAUAUUCACAGCUUGCAAACCUUAAGCCUCAAUAUGGUUUAUAUAGUAGCUUUGUUCCACCUCUUAUUUAUGCCUUCAUGGGUAGUUCAAGAGAUAUUGCUAUAGGACCAGUGGCAGUAGUAUCCCUCGUGCUUGGAAGUCUUCUGCAGAAUGAGAUUGAUCCUUCCAAGGACCCCGUUAACUAUCUUCACCUCACGUUCACAGCUACAUUCUUCGCCGGAAUCACCCAAGUUACUCUAGGAUUUUUCAGAUUGGGAUUCUUGAUUGAUUUCCUAUCUCAUGCUGCUAUUGUCGGGUUUAUGGCUGGAGCUGCCAUUACUAUUGCUCUUCAACAACUAAAGGAAUUGCUUGGUAUAGCUCAUUUCACUAGGAAAACCGAUAUAGUCUCUGUAAUGCGCUCCGUCUGGACAACAGUUGAUCAUGGUUGGAACUGGCAGACAAUUGUCAUAGGAGUAUCAUUCUUGGUCUUACUUUUGUUAGCCAAACAAAUUGCUAAAAAGAAGAAGAAAUUGUUCUGGGUAGCUGCUAUUGCUCCAUUGGUCUCUGUGAUUCUUUCCACUCUUAUAGUGUAUGUUACUCAUGCUAAUAAGCAUGGAGUUAAAAUUGUAAAUGAGAUUAAAAGAGGGGUAAAUCCACCAUCAGUGAAUGAAAUUUUUUUCUCUGGAGAGUACCUUGGCAAAGGCUUCAGGAUUGGUGUUGUUGCUGGUAUGAUCGCCCUGACGGAAGCAAUCGCUAUCGGAAGGACGUUUGCUGCCAUGAAGGACUAUCAGAUUGAUGGAAACAAAGAAAUGGUAGCAUUAGGAACCAUGAAUGUUGUCGGUUCAAUGACUUCAUGCUAUGUUGCUACAGGAUCGUUUUCUCGAUCAGCAGUGAACUUCAUGGCUGGCUGCAACACUGCCGUCUCAAACAUAGUGAUGUCUUUAGUUGUAUUAUUAACAUUGGAGCUUAUCACUCCAUUGUUUAAAUACACUCCAAAAGCAAUAAUUUCCUCUAUUAUCAUAUCUGCUGUGAUAGGCCUAAUCGAUAUCGAAGCAGUGAUUUUGAUAUGGAAGGUUGAUAAAUUUGAUUUUGUUGCCUGUAUGGGAGCCUUCUUUGGUGUGGUAUUUAAAUCUGUGGAGAUCGGCCUCUUAAUCGCUGUUUCAAUUUCAUUUGCUAAAAUACUAUUGCAAGUGACAAGGCCAAGGACUGCCAUACUUGGAAAAUUACCCAGGACCACUGUUUACAGGAACAUUCAACAAUAUCCUGAGGCUUCAAAGGUUCCAGGCAUCUUGAUUGUUAGAGUUGAUUCAGCAAUUUACUUUUCCAACUCCAAUUACAUCAAGGAGAGGAUUUUGAGAUGGCUGACUGACGAGGAAGAACACCUGGAAGAAAACAACCUACCCAGAAUCCAGUUUUUGAUCGUCGAAAUGUCUCCUGUAACAGAUAUUGACACUAGUGGAAUCCAUGCCUUGAAAGAGUUGCAUAGUAGUCUUCAGAAGAGAAAUGUUGAGCUUGUGCUAGCCAAUCCAGGGCCAGUUGUGGUGAACAAGCUCCAUGCUUCUAGUUUUACAGAACUGAUAGGGGAAGACAACAUUUUUCUUACAGUAGCUGACGCAGUUCAUACAUGUGCUCCAAAGAUGGAGGAAGUGUGAAAUCAUGAUCAUUCCUAAAACAUUGGAAGCUGCUUUCUAUAAUACAAUUGUAACAUUUUGGUACUGUCUACUGCAAAUGGAUCAAUUUGAUCCUGAUCCAAGGGGAUAAAAGAUGCACUUUUCAUUUAUGAGACAAUUAAUAUCACUUUUUGUUCACAAAUU